AUGGGAGGGAUGGAGAUCGAACACACACUUUCACGGGUCAACGAGGCCGAUGUGGUUCAUGUUCACCUGAAGACGUAUGUCGUCCUUCUUUCCAUCAACUUCGCAUACUUUGCUCAAAUGGUGGCUCUUGUUGGGGCUGGCCUUCUCGCAAACUCCAUCCAGACCUUUUUUGGUGGCGUAAAUGCCAGCAGCUGGCUCAGCCAGGCCAUAGCAAUUUUUACAGUUGUCCUCAGUCCCAUCAUUUCGCAAAUUGGCGAUGUAUUUGGACGCAAAUGGCCUGUCACCUUCGCGCUAUUAUGUGGCUUUGCUGGUUCAAUGACAGCCUCUCGCGCACAGUCAAUGGGGACCGUCAUCGCUGGCUUCUGUGUGAUAGGGAUAUGUUUCGGAGCCCAGCCGCUGCUCCAUGCUGUUGUGUCAGAAGUCUUACCACGAAAGCAUCGGCCACAGGCUCAAGCUUCGGUCAAUAUCAUAGCUGGUGUAGGUGGAUUCGGUGGAAUCUGCAUGGGAGGUGCUCUGCUACGUAGUGGCAACCUUGAGAACUAUCGCAUAUAUCUGUAUGUGGCUGCGACACUCUUUUUCAUGGCCGCCUUGGGAGUUGGGCUUCUCUUCAACCCUCCGCCACGAGAGAUGCAGAUCACAAUGACCACAAAUGAGAAGCUGUAUAGCCUUGACUGGAUUGGGUACGCCCUGUUCACACCUGGCAUAGUCUUGUUCUCUGUGGCACUCUCAUGGUCUCGCAAUCCAUACCCCUGGUCCAAUGCUCGCAUCAUUGCCACUUUUGUGGUCGGGGUGGUCUUCCUCCUCGGCUUUGCGGUUUACGAAUGGCGGUUCAAGAAAGAUGGGGUUCUCCACCACGACUUCUUCCACGACAAAAAUUUUCUGUGGGCACUAUUAACUAUCUUCGUAGAGGGCCUCGUUUUCUUUACGGCAAACAACUUCUUCGCCUUCGAAAUUAGCAUCUUCACCCAGGAGGAUCUUCUCAUCGCGGGUUUACAUUUUGGGAUGGCUUUUGUUAGUGGGUGGUUAUUUUCGUUCUUAUCCAGCCUUUACUCGUCCAAGAGAAAGUCACUCCGGAUGCCGAUUGCUGUGGGCUUCAUGUGCAUUCUCAUCUUCAACAUAUGUUUAGCGACCACCACCAGUUCCAAUCCUGGCAGGGCUUUUUGGGCUUUUGGAAUCAUUUUCGGAGUGGGCCUUGGCAUUGUACUGCCGCUUAUCAUGGUCGUUGCUCAACUGUGCACACCUCCUGCCUUGAUCUCCACUGCAUCCGCCCUAAUCAUUGCGGUCCGGUCUUUAGGAGGUACAGUGGGCCUGGCGAUCAAUACAGCAAUCUUCAAUAGCGCUCUAUCCACAGAGAUCCCUCGCAAAAUUGCAGCUGCCGCUCUUCCUUUAGGUUUACCUCCUACUUCACUUGGCAUGCUGAUUGGAGGGAUCACAGCUCAUGAUGAGCAGAUUCUGGCACACGUCCCUGGCAUAACACCAGAGAUCACCGGUGCAGCCUCCCAAGCCUUGGUACAAGCAUACAGUGUGGGAUUCCGUAAUUGUUGGAUCGCAGCAUCAUGCUUCUCCGCAGUGGCUAUCAUCGGUAUGCAUCCACACCAAUCCUGUUCUCAUUCUUGA